AAGACAUGAAAACUUUCAAAAUUUUCACAAGUUUUCUUUCAUACAUGGAACCCAACAUAGGAGUAGGUUUUCUUUGGAAAGCUCAUGUUUCCUUAGGUAUUCAAGCUAUUAAAAUGAUGGGAAGCUUCAUCAGGGGAGCUAUUCUCUUUUCUUGGCAGAAAGGAAAUUUGAGCCAAUUUUGAAAAGGCAUAGGGUGCAAAAAUCUUGUCUUGAGACCGGCAGGUUUUUAGUGCUUAAAAGGGAGAUUGGAGAGAUUACCAUUUGAAGAGUACAAGGGUUCAAAAGCGUCUGAUUUACUUGAGGGACUGAUUUAUUGCCAUUUGAUAAGUAUAAGGGCUGAUUCUGGCUAUGUAAGCAUUGGACCACACCAAAACUAUCUCUCCCCGUCAAAUUUAACACUUUCCUGACGUCAGCCAUGAAAUAAGGGAUGAUAUGCUACCAUUUGAUGAGUAGAGUGAGGGGUUGAUUUGCGUCUGUUUUUACUUAAGGGGCUAACUUGCCACCAUUUAAUGAGUACAGGGGUUGAUUUGCCCUUUUUGCCUUCUUUUAACAACCAGUAAAUAUUGUUGAUUUUU